AUGUGGUCCUCCUCCAAAAUUUCUGAUUCGGUUCUCAUAUAUGACGAUGCAUUUGCGGUUGAACUGGAGGUGGGUGUGAAGAACCACACAUUUGCAACUGCCACUGAAUCUGUCAGGGCACGAAAAAGUAGUGAAAAUAUUCACGGAAUAGAAUCCAUCAUGGAUCUCACAAUUCGUGUGUUUUUUACUCUAUGGUUUAUACUUUUGAACCAUAAUUUUGGAAAUGUGGAGGGAAGAUACCACCAUCACACCAAGCAGAGGAAAGUUUCUUCUGUUCCUACCGCUCCUUCUGAUUCUUCCACUCAGCCAGAGAACCCUGCUGAUCCUCCUACUGUUCCUUCUGACCCUUAUCCAAAUGAUAACCAAACCUCCUCUUCUGACUGUGUUUUUGAUGUGAGAUCCUUUGGGGCAGUUGGAGAUGGUUGUGCUGAUGACACACCUGCAUUCAGGGCAGCAUGGAAAGCAGCAUGUGCUGUGGAGUCUGGUAUUGUUCUUGCUCCAGAAAACUACAGCUUUAAGAUCACUUCAACUAUUUUUUCAGGUCCAUGCAAGCCAGGAUUGGUAUUCCAAGUGGAUGGAACACUAAUGGCACCAGAUGGACCGAAUUCAUGGCCAGAAACAGAUAGCCGAAAUCAAUGGCUUGUAUUUUACCGACUUGACCAAAUGACUCUUAAUGGUAAAGGAACAAUAGAAGGGAAUGGAGACAAAUGGUGGGAUCUCCCUUGCAAACCUCAUAGGGGUCCCAAUGGAAAAACUAUGUCAGGACCAUGUGGUAGUCCUGCUAUGAUACGGUUCUUCAUGAGCUCCAAUUUGAAGGUAAAUGGGCUUAAAAUUCAAAACAGUCCUCAGUUUCACAUGAAAUUUGAUGGCUGCGAAGGAGUACUGAUUGAUAAGCUCUCCAUUUCUUCACCAAAACUCAGCCCCAACACCGAUGGAAUCCAUGUAGAAAACACCAAAUAUGUUGGAAUAUAUAACUCCAUGAUAAGCAAUGGUGAUGAUUGCAUUUCAAUUGGACCCGGUUCUUCAAACGUCGACAUAGCAGGUUUAACUUGUGCUCCUAGCCACGGGAUUAGUAUUGGAAGCCUAGGAGUGCACAACUCCCAGGCAUGUGUGUCAAACCUAACAGUCCGGGACAGCAUCAUAAGGGAGUCAGACAACGGACUGAGAAUCAAGACAUGGCAAGGGGGAAUGGGAUCAGUGACAGGUCUAAGAUUUGAGAACAUCCAAAUGGAGAACGUUGGGAACUGCAUCAUUAUAGACCAAUACUACUGCUUGUCAAAGGAAUGUCUAAACCAGACUUCUGCUGUGCACGUGAAUGAUGUAUCCUACAGUAACAUAAAGGGCACCUAUGAUGUGAGAACAGCUCCUAUUCACUUUGCUUGCAGUGACACCGUUGCUUGCACAAACAUAACUCUCUCUGAGGUUGAGCUUUUGCCAUUCGAAGGAGCAUUGCUUGAUGACCCUUUUUGCUGGAAUGCUUAUGGGACACAGGAGACUUUGACUAUCCCUCCAAUCAAUUGCUUAAGGGAAGGUGACCCUCAGACAGUGGGUGAUCUUUCUGAAUAUCAAUGCAGUUGA